AAAGGUCUGGUCGCAGAGGCAGGGACGCGUAAUCGUCAGCGUGCUCCAUCCCGACAGCAUCCUUCCACGGCUCGGCAGGGCAGCGAGCCUCUGGACACCCGUCCCUCCGCUCCGCGGAAAAGCCUGAUGAAGUCCUCCGAUAUCGAUCAGGAUUUAUUUACAGACAGUUACUGCAAGGUGUGCAGUGCACAGCUGAUAUCUGAAUCCCAGCGCGUGGCUCAUUACGAGAGUCGAAAACAUGCAAGCAAAGUCCGACUGUAUUACAUGCUUCACCCCAGGGAUGGUGGGUGUCCAGCCAAGAGGCUCCGGUCAGAAAAUGGAAAUGACGCCGAUAUGGUUGAUAAGAAUAAGUGCUGUACGCUCUGUAACAUGUCCUUUACCUCGGCAGUGGUGGCUGACUCACAUUAUCAAGGCAAAAUCCAUGCCAAAAGGUUAAAACUCUUGUUAGGAGAGAAAACCCCACUAAAGACCACAGCAACACCCCUGAACUCACUUAAACCUCCACGGGUGGACACUGCUCCAGUGGUCGCAUCUCCCUAUCAAAGAAGAGAUUCGGACAGAUACUGUGGGCUCUGUGCAGCCUGGUUUAACAAUCCUCUCAUGGCCCAGCAACAUUACGAUGGCAAGAAACACAAAAAGAAUGCAGCAAGAGUUGCUUUAUUAGAACAACUUGGGACAACUCUGGAUAUGGGGGAACUAAGAGGUCUGAGGCGCAAUUACAGAUGUACCAUCUGCAGUGUCUCUCUAAACUCCAUAGAACAGUAUCAUGCCCAUCUGAAAGGAUCGAAACACCAGACCAAGUUCUGUGUCAGCUCCUGGCAUCACAGGCUCAGCAAUGAUGGCCCCACUGUAAUGCGUAAGUAUUUGUCAUGGGCUCUGAGGUCACUGGUGUCUCAGGUCUUUGAGAACCUGCAAUGA